AUGAAGGGCAAGUUCAGGCGGGCCUACCGGGCAGACCUGCCGGGCGCAGAUGCAUUUGAGGACGUGAGUGACUCGGACCCUCCAGACACAGGUGUCGACUUGGUUCUGGGUCGACUAGGGUCUUCUUUGCAAAAGGCCUUGGAGGCGGUGGCGGCUGUUUCCUCUCCGACACCUGGUCGACAGGGCGUGUUAGCUGUACUUCUACCAGAGCCGGAGGGCGCAGCUUCGCAGGCAACAGAGCACAGCGAAGGUGAGGAGCCGUGGGCUGCCUGGGAGGAUCCAAAAGUGGGCAUCGAGGAGCUAAUGAAGAGCGCAGGUGCAGAUGCCGUCAUAGUCAUCGACCAUGCCCUGGAUGGUUCAGCAGAUGCCCGCAGGCUCCUCCUCCGCGGGCUUCGGCAAGUAAGGAAAUCCAUCACGCAAGACACGAUGGAAGAGGACGAUGUGUGGGGCGCAGAGGAGGCGUUCCUCAACCCCUUCUCGGAGAGGGCUCAGGUUCUCUUCGACAUCCGCAAGUGUAGGACAGGUGACUCCACGGACUUGUUGUGCACCGGUGGUCUGCUGGACCUGGUCCGCGGGAGUCUCACCUGCAGCACCGAAGAGGAGCGAAAUAGCCUUGUCGUUUCAAGCGCCAUGGCCCCGCUGAAUUCUCCUGGUCCAAUCCCUGUGACGAUCAUCGCGGGCUCCUUCGGCGUGGGGAAGACCACCGCCUGCAACCAGCUCCUGCACCUUUUGGCCUCCCAGGAGCGCAGCGUGGCAGUCAUCACACACCGCUUUGCCGAAGAGUACGCCUGUCAGCCUUUGCUGGUCUCCUCUCGCUGCAGCUUGUUGGAGGAGGUAUAUGACUACGGCAGCGGCUGCCUCUGCUGCACGCCGGGGGGUGAGCUGAACCAACGCUUGAACAGCAUGAUUGCUUGGGGUGAGCGAUACGACCAUGUGCUGAUCCGGACUGGUCCUGCUGCAGAUCCUCUGAUCUUCGCUGAUGCAGUCCAACGAAGCAGUGCGUACAGGAUUGCAGGCAUAGUGACCGUGGUUGAUGCCACCGGGCCCUGCUUCGAAGAUCAGCUGUCGGGGUCUUCCCUCGACCAGCUAUGUGCUGCUGAUGUCCUCCUGGUUCGAUCGAAGGAUCAAGAUGCCAGCCAGCGCUUUGCUUCCUUGAAGCUGAAGGAUGCGUCCAUUCACAUGUGGAAGAAUCCUCUGAGCGAAGCUGAGAUUGGAUUGUUAACCUGCCGUUCCGCUGGCAGAGAAUAUGUGUGCAAGCCCUCAAACCUGGUGCCAAAUCUCAUGGCUAGCCACGAAACUACGUUGCGAGCAGUCCAGAUCGUGGAAAAUGGUGCUGUUUCGAACGUGGACGUUUGCAAGGCUUGGAUGAUGAACUUGAUGAAUCAGGGCUUCUGCAUUCGCUUGAAAGCUGUGUUGCCCGUGGCAACUCCUUUGGGGAGCCAGUCGUUGUUGGUCAACGCCGUCCGGGGCAAACGAGCAGAAUUUCAGAUGGUAGCAGAGGCACCACCCCAAGUCUACAUGGGUGACUUACCAGUCCUGGUGGGCAUGCGUGACAUAGAUGCCGACGAGCCGAUGUGUCGCAUCUUUAUCCUGCUGGGCCCGCCAUCGGUGAAAGGUUUGGGUGAUAUGCCUGAGCUGUUGGCUGCCAUGCCAUCAAGCGUGGACUUGUCCGAGACAUUCCUAGCAGACAUCCUGGGUCGCUGA